AUGGUAGAGAUAGAGAAGGGAAAGUUCCCUAGUCAACCGAUACAAAAUUCGAAAGGGCAAUUUGUUGUUAGUAACCCCUCUAAGUCUACCUAUGAGCAUGAGCAGGUUCAAUCCAUUAUCACUUUUAGAUCAGGAAAACAUGUUAACAAUCAAGUAAGUAUGCCAAAAGAGAAGAGCUCAGGGGAGUUUGAGAAAGAACAAAGGCAGAGCAAUCCCACCAAAGCCCAGAAAUCUAGUUCGCCUCAACUUCCUAAAGAACCCGAACGUAGGAGUUUCAUCCCUAAAGCUCCAUAUCCUGAACGACUAGUGGCCCCUAAGAAAGGUGUAGAUCAUGGAGAUAUUUUAGAGACAUUUAAGCAAGUAAGAAUCAACAUUCCACUCCUAGAUGCUAUUCGACAGCACAAAAUCCCUAUCAAGUAUAAAGAUCAUGGUUGUCCUACAAUUUCGUGCUCAAUAGGUAAUCAUCACCUUGAGCAAGCUUUAUUAGAUUUGGGAGCUAGUGUCAACCUAUUGCCAUUUUCUGUGUACCAGCAAUUAGGAUUGGGAGAACUAAAACCCACUUCUGUAAGACUGCAAUUAGCUGAUGGGUCUCUUAAACUACCUAAAGGAGUCAUUGAGGAUGUGCUAAUUAAGGUUGAUAAAUUCUAUUUUCCAGCGGACCUCAUAGUUUUAGAUACUGAGCCAGUUCAUCACUCACGUGGACAAAUUCCUGUAAUCUUAGGACGUCCUUUCUUAGCCACCUCCAAUGCUCAAAUUAAUUGUAGGAAUAGGGUGAUGAAAAUGUCAUUUGGGAAUGUUACUUUUGAACUUACUAUCUUCGACACUGGCGAAAAACCCUUAGAGGAAGAUGAAAUAAAAAAGAAACCUGUUCACCAUUUGAGAAAAGAUGAUAAUUUGAUUGAUUUCAGCCGUUGGAAUAAGAAGUUCGAAGUCGACCCAAAAUCUGAAUUUACCGAAUGA